AUGGCAGAGAUAGAUUCUUGCGAGCUUCCGGACGGAGAUGUCUCCGUUCUUUCCCUCCCCAGACUCAAGGAUGAACUUAUCGGGCAUCCACUGAUGACUUCCAUGGGAAGCUUAGCUCUUUCGACUUUCAUUUCAAAGAGCGUAUACGGUGCUAUUGACUGGAGACCUGUGCUGAUCUGCGUCUCCUCGGACGUUCUCACAAUUGGACUUGACCACUACUAUGAUCAGACGCCUAUGCUUCACCGUGCAAAGAGCAUGUCUGAUGAUGCAGCCCUCUCCGUCUUUAGUCACGCUCGUCUCUUACUGUUGGCCAACGCAGCCGUUUUGAUUGUGACACUUUUGCGCUCUCCUUGGAUUACCUCGGCAAUUACGGCGGUCUUCAUAAUACCUGCGCUGCUAUGGAAUCAAACGCUCUUUUACUGGAAAAGCGGAACUGCUUCAAACCCUACACUCAAUGCCCGUGCUCCGCUUUCAUCUUCUGGGAGUGCUUUUGUCAUCAAACGCAUCCCUGGCAUGAAAGCUGUCUUCAUCGGUAUAAUUCGGGGGUGUGGCACAUUCGCAGUUGUACAUUCCCUUCUCUCGUCGUCUUACCCUGCGCGCCCGCAUGGCGGAUGGAUGAUUUGGACACCUACUCAAGUCUUGGUCUGGUCAACCAUAAACCGCACGUGCCACGCCGUGAUGGCUGACAUCCGUGAUUUCACAGAGGACUGGUCCAUGCAGAUACCGACGAUUCCAGUCCUCCUGAAGUCAGUCACUCACACCAAAUUCCUUCUCACAAUCGUUCAUUUUCUAACCCUUCUGAUCUUCUACCGCAAUGUCUUCAUUGUCCUCGGCUCAGUAUACGCUACUAUAUUGGUCUGGGCACUAGAUGAAAAAAGCGACAGGAAAUUGUAUCGACUCAGCUUCCAUUCCCAAACACUCGUAGCCAUUAUCUACUGGAUAGCCCAUAUGUAUCCCAGUGCAUAA